AACGUCCCUAUCGAAGGCUCCUCUGGAGUUGUAUCAUCGUACGUCGAUGCAUACGACUUCAUCGCAAACGCCCAGUCUGUACUGGAGCAAGCUUAUGAGAAAUACAAAAACGGAGUUUUCAAGAUUGCUGAGAUGAAUCGAUUCACUAUUAUAAUAAAUAACCGUGAUAUGAUCGAAGAGAUUAGGAAGGCUCCGGACAGCACGACUACUUUCGUUGCGGCAAUAGCCGACGACUUUGCAUUCUGUUGGACACUUGGACAAAAAUUCGCAACGGAUACGUAUCAUCUUGGAACUAUCCGUAACCAGCUUAAUCACAACCUGGGCUUCUUGUUCGACGACAUUCGCGACGAGAUUAUGCAGGCCUUCAAUGACCUUAUUCCAAAGGGUAACGAUUGGGUCUCUAUCCCUGCAUUGGACACAGCGAGAAAAGUCGUGUCAAGGACCAGUAACAGGAUUUUGGUCGGCGUCCCUCUUUGCAGGGACCCAGAGUAUAUUGAGCUCAGCAUCAAUUUCACUAUUGACGUUAUGGAAACGGUGUACAAGAUCCAAGAUGUACCUAACUUUCUGCGCCCCCUUGUUGGCGCCUACUUCAGCCCAACAACCCGAAGUGUCCGUCAGGCUGUGAAACUCCUCCGCCCUGUCCUUGAGGAACGAUUUCGUAUGUAUGACGAAAAUGGCGAUGAUUGGCCAGGUAAACCAGUCGACAUGAUUUCUUGGCUCAUUGAUGAUGCGCCGAAGAGCGGUAAACGAGACGUCCGCGAUAUUACGUUGAGGUUGCUUAAUGUAAACUUUGCUGCUAUACACACUUUCACACAAGCUUUGUUCCAGCUUGCAUCAGAGCCAAACUAUAACCCACCUUUACGAGAAGAAAUCGAACAAGUGAUCAAGGAGGAGGGAUGGUCGAAGAUCGCAAUGACGAAGAUGUGGAAACUCGAUAGUUUCAUGAAAGAGAGCCAGCGAAUGAACGUUGUCAACAUGCUAUCCCUGAACCGCAAGAUACUCUCCAACCUCACCUUAUCGGACGGUACCUUCCUACCCGCAGGCACAUUCGUCGCCGCGAACUUGAUAGGAGCACAUCGUGACGAAUCUUACUACCCAGAUGCAAACAACUUCGACGGGUUCCGGUUCGCGAAGCUGCGCGAAGAAAGUCCGGAGGAUGGUGGGAAGCACCAAAUGGUCAACACGAGUCCGGAAUAUCUAUCAUUCGGACACGGACGUCAUGCAUGUCCCGGCCGCUUCUUCGCAGCGAACGAGCUCAAGAUAAUGAUGGCCUAUCUGAUUUUGAACUAUGACGUGAAAGCCGAGGUAGACGGAGCACGGCCAGAGAACAUAUAUCACCGGUCUCUAUUAAUUCCAAACCCCACAGCUAAAAUUCUGCUCAAGAAACGAACGGACGCAUAA